AUGACACUGGAGUCGUGUGAGACCAACCCACCGGAUUUCUGGACGAAGGUGUCGAACUGGCGCAAUCUCAAUCCUUUGGAUUUUGCUGUCUGGUCGAUUCUAGAGCGCAAAGGUUGCUCUUUUAAGCAUAAGCCCCUGGAUUUGCAGAAAAGAACCCCGGAGAAGACAUUUGGCAUGGAAAAUGAUCGCGCGCACUCUCAGGAAUUUUCUCAAGAAAAUGGACGUUGUGAUCCCAAAGAGAAGUCCUUCUGCAUAUUCAUUGUCGAUGACUUCAGCAUAAAACUAGGGAAGGUGACAGAAGAGGAAUACAGGAAAGUUUGGAUUAGGGAACCGGAAUGA